GAACUCUUAAACUCCCCGCUGGUGCAUCCUCAGUGAGUUACUGAGCAAUAGCUUUGAAAUGUCUUUGGAAAUCAUGCUAGUUUCGUUACUCACUGAGAGGUUGGAUGAUUUCGUAGGAGCGAGAAUCCACACAAGGAGAUUGUCAAAGUGGGCAUAUGAGUAGGAAUCGGAUUGCUUGGUAACUACAAAUUAAAUUUCUUUUCCCCAUGUCAAAAUUAUUUCAGCAAUGCUUCUUACAGGUAUGGUUUUGAAAGCUAUGUUUAAAGUGCCUGGCAGCCAGCUCUGUUCACUUACAGCUCUUCGUAAGUGCUGUUCGUGUUCAUUAUUAAUUCAAACGUAAGCCUACAAUGUUCAUCUUGCAUGUAGAGGACCAAAAUAAAAGAAAAACCUUGUCAAGUAAAAAAGCCCCAAACUAUAUUUUUUAGGAAACAUACUCAGCUACUGCUGUUACAAGUAACAAAGUAAUAGGGAGAUGCUAUGGUGUAUAUGGAGCGAGUGUCUGUAUUUUUAACCUUGCUUGCUUUGUGUACUUUGUGUGAUAUUUAAUUUUUGUGGUUUCCUCUACCAGCUGGCAGUUAGGCCUUAAAACCAGGAGAAAUUUGCAGACAGCAAGGGGGGGGGAGAAGAACGUCUACAGCCACAAAAUAUUAGGGUUCAAAUGCAGUUAUAGUGCCUGCAUCAAAUCUUUUAAACUUUGAAUUGGCUGUGUCAUCUAACUCGCUCGUCUGUCAGUCUAUUUGCCCUCCUUCUGCAAAAUAGAAAGGAUUUGUAAUUUUUUUAGGGGAAUCCAUUUUACUUGCUCUGUGGAACAUUUAUCUUGUAUCAGGGGCUUCAAUGAAGAGUCAAUUCAGAAAUGAAUGCACGCAUUGAAACUGAAAACUCAUGUAAAUCACUAGCGCAGGGAAAAAUCAGUGUGUGCUGCUUAUUCUGUAAGUGUUGUAAAACUGUACGUUAAGUGCACCAGCAUUAUUUUAGGGCUUUUGGGAAGCCUGAAUACCUGUGCAGUUUAAAGCUGCUUGAGUGACAGUGCUCUGCACGCUCUUCCUUGGUCAACACAACCACAGGAUGAAUAGUAGCACUAAAGACAGGAAAAGCAGAGAGAUGGGUUCAUUUUGUGAAACUUAUUGGAAUGUGUAAUCUAUGGUGUGAUAUAUUUAUCUUUUUUUUUUUUCCUAUUUUUCGCUGUCUUUGCAUCGCAGAGCUUGCCUCUCUCUUUUCAGUUGUAACAGGAAAAUAUGCCAGUAAAGACAUGCUUAUUUUCAUGUACCACAGUAACUACAGUUCCUGUCGUUAGUCAUUGUCGUUAGUCUUUGGUAUAGGCUGAUACAGAAAUGUUUUCAAGUUUUUUCUGCUUUUCCAGGAUAAACCUGGUAAUGAACAAAGGAUGUUUUUACCAUUUUCUUAAUGCUGUCAUUGUCUGACGUCAGCACCUUGCUAAUUAUGUUUCCUGACUUUGCUCAACCAGUGCUUUUCUCAUGUAUUUUGUUUGUAAACAGAUGGAAACUAAACUAUUGUGCGUGAUUAAAUCAGCUUCCUUUUAUACAGUCUAAUUUGUAGCAUAAUAGUUGCACAUCCUAGCUGUUUAAAAUGAGUCGUUUGUGUUUGUUGAAAUGUUUCAUACUAAUUUCAGUUGUUCUUUUUCAAUAGGUUUUGAUUAAGUUCAGUCACAUGGUACCCCAGUGAAAUUAGUUUGUGCUUAUAAAAGUCAGAAUUUGUGGUGUUUAAUUCCAGUUUGCUUAAAAUAUCAUGCAUCUUUGUGGAGCUUUUAUACGUUUUUCAUGUCUUGCAGUGAAACUCUGCGUUUUGGAUGAUGGUAGUGCCUGGAAGCGCCCCGGUCAUACAGCAGGAUCAUGCUCUGGAGCCUGACUUAGGACGAGACUCAAUGGAGAACUCUGCCAUGGGCCCCGACACGGAGCCGGCAUCCGAGGAGGUUGGCCCAGAGCUAGAGGAGGUGCGAAAGCUGCGGGAGCUAGUGAGGAGACUGGAGAUCGAGAAUCAGCACCCACGAACGAAGAGCAGCAGGAGCAUGCUUGGGACAAACAUGCAGAGUGAGAUCCGUGCUGGUGUGGAUAACCAUGACUCUGGUCUUAAUGGGAUGGAAAUUAAUAACAGCAUCAAUGUGAUAACAGAGAAGCAAGAAUUGCAAAUCAUGGCAGAUCUGAACAAUCAAUUAAGCAAAAUAAGAAAAGAGGAAGGAGAGAACAACUGCUUAAAAAAAGACAUAGAUGCCCAAACGCAAUAUAGCUGCAACAGUGCCACUGAGGAAUUUUCUUCCAGCAUGUGUAAGGUGGAAAUGAAGACCGCUGAUAACGUUAGAUGUUCUUCACAUAUGGAUACAAGUAAUAGCACAGAGCUUAUGGGAAACAUGGUCAUUACAGGUAUUGAUUCCUCAGUUAAAAUAAAUGAACAAAAUCCCAGUGAAAAAUGUGGAGAUCUAGAAAGUCUUUCAAAUAACACAGAUCUGGAUGAAGUCAAAGUGUUAGAACUUGAAAAUUGCAAUGAAGAAGAAGAUAGCUGGCUCUACGUGUCCCCAAGAAAAUCUACUACAGAUCAGAAAACAGACUCACCUUUAAAAUGGUGCCGACAGGUGUUGGAUAAUCCCAGUCCUGAGACAGAAGCAGCCUGCCGAACUCUUAUUAACAGACUUGAUCAAGGUUAUUUGAGCAUGCAUUCUGCACUGAGCUCUCAGUCAUCUGUGGACAGUGAGCUGAGUACAUCUGAUGACUCCAUCUCCAUGGGAUAUAAACUGCAGGACUUGACUGAUGUCCAGGUUAUGGCACGCCUUCAGGAAGAAAGCCUCCGUCAGGAUUGUGCCUCUAGCUCUGCUUCUGUAUCACGUCGCAGUUCCAGUGCCUCCCUUCACUCUCUGCGAAGAGGUACCUACAGUGACCAGGAGUUCGACACGUACAGCCUUGAGGAUGAGGAUGAUUAUGAUUGUUCCCUGUCAUACCGUAGCACUCACAGAUACUCACCAUCUCCACUCAGUUCACCCCGAUGUCAGUCCCCUUCUUCCAGUGCAGAUUAUGGCAGAUCAUCUACUUCCCGUAUCCGUCCCCCAAGGAGAUCUGUGCAAAGUCCCAUGCAAGACCGGCUCAAGUAUGCAAACAGCGAAGAGGAGAUGCGCCACAGCAUGCCUAACCUGGCCAGGACGAGCCUUCGAGCUUUGGAGUCUGUACGCAGCAGUCGGAGCUUGGAGUCAGAUCUGCAGGUGCCAAGCAGUCGAAUUCCAAGAACUCAGCAACGGUCAGCAGGUCUGGCUCCCAGUAAGCUCAGGUAUUCCUCCAGUGCUGGGCAGUCUCCCUUAACAGUGCGACAACCCAUGAAAGCAGGGUCAUGCACAAACUCCCUGUUAACACCCAGGCAGCCAGUGAAAGCCUGCAGUUACACAAGUCCUGUUAGCGGAGUUCGAAAACCACAGGCAUCUUCGCUUAGCACAGGCUCUUCCAGUAGCAGUUGCACUACCAGAAGCAGCAAUAUGGUCACUGUGGCAAAAAAUUCACCCAUUAAAGCACGCCCCUCUGUUGGAGGAAUCUCGGUGCCCAAGAGCAAGCCGACACCACCAUCCAAGAGAUUUCUUCAGUCAGCGCAGACCACCGAGGAUGAUUCCUGGAAGGAUGGGUGUUACUGACAACCCAAAAUGCUGAUGCACUGCCAAACACUGCUGUGAAGCAGACCCCCAGCUGGCUGGGCGUAAGAACGUUAUUUGAAAACGAAACUCAAGAGACCCAUGACACUGCAGACUGAUGUAUAUAGUUCCUCUCCUCGUGAACACAGCCUUAUCCUCACCUUCUGUUAUUCUGCCAAGAGCCUGACCUCUUCGUGGUGGAACAGACAACUGUUUUACUGUGUUUCCACCGUUUAAAACAUUACUGAAAUACCAGUCUUCACAUGAAGACUGAAAAUAGCCUUAUUUCAUAUAAACCUCUACUUGCAGCCCUGUGGAAGGUUUGUCACACACAACUUCUGAUGUGACCUGCUCCUGAGGACGCUUGCUUAAAAAGGCUGCUGGUUGUCCUGUUGUGCCAGAAAGCAGCUUUGAGCUGUUGCUAUGGUGUGUUGCAUAGCAGGGGGAGACUAGAAAUAGCUAUAUAGGUGUUAGAAGUAAGACUUUUAAAAUUCACCCUGAUGUACUCUAAUAUUUGUCUGAAACUCAACUGUUUGGGUUUGGUUUUUUUUUUUACUUCUGUAUAGAAUGUAUUUCUGCUACUUUUUAUUGUUUGUUCUAGAUGAAGCCAGUUUUUAUAACUGUAGUACACUUCAAGCUGUUGUAUUCAAGUGUGUGCAUCACAGUUCACAAGUGAAGGAGCAGUACACAAUAUUUGUGUGGGUUUGUGAACAGGCAGUUGCAGAGACAGGGGAUGCUAUUUAAAAACUGCUGUUUAUCAGCAUCUUCAUAUCUCAGCUGAGGAAGUUAACAAACACCGGUUAAAAGUACACUUUUUAAAAAUACCCCCCCAACUGAUUUGACUUGAAGUGUUUCCCUUUGAUCUCUUUCAGCUAGCCCCUAACUGCCUUGAUUUUUGUAGAAGAGUUUUCUACUGUCUCUUUGGCUAUGAAGGAUUCUGUUUCAGUGUCCUUUUCCUCAGCAAGUGCUGGAUGCUACGAGUACAGUCCUAGUACAGAAAAUAUGCACUGAUAGCAAUGUUCUCCCUGCCAUCAAUGUGAUUUUGAUAGUGUAGUUUAAUAAAAUGUUAUGGUGCUGAAAUAGAUCUGCUUUAUUCAAACAGUGA